GCACCGACGUGAAAUUGCUCCUCUUCCCCUACUUUCUUCUUCUUCGCCAUGCUGCACGAGAUUGAAUAUGAGAACAAAGAAUGGUGGCGGAAAGGUAAGUUAUCUAAAUCGAAACACUUGAUUCAUACUAUUAUGGGCGCUUAGCAUACCCAUACUCAGAAGCUUGCAAGGUUGUCAGAGGUUGCCUUGCAACAGCAAUUCGCCUUUUGAUCCCUUUUGCUUGUACUUCCGUAUUCUUUUCCAACUCCUUAGGUUCUGAUAUCACUGUUAUCCUCCUCAAUCAUGGCUACGAAAUCGAAGUCCAAGCAAGAUGAAGUCAACCAACUGCUUGAUGAUCUCGAUUCCUUCGAAAUGCCCCCGCCUGGUUCUGCACCAAUAGUCGCAGGAACACAAGCACCUGCAGCCGGAGAGGCAGAGGUUUUCGCAUUCAUUGAUGAGAUAACCCAGAAGAGCACAGAACCGCCACGUUCCUCCUCUCAUUUGGAACGUCCACUCUCGCGUGCGGGGACACCUUCACUGAGGAAGAGCACCGAAAGAGUGAAGGUCGGCGGGGGAGCGGUACCUUUGUUACCUAAUUCCUCCAGUAGCGGUUCGCCUGCUCUCUCCCGCACAGAAUCAUCAAGUUCCAGGACGACUGUUGCUCCUCCAAAGGAUGUCAAUCAAAACGCUAAUCCUGGAGGAUGGGGAUGGGGAAGUGUCUGGUCUAGUGCCAGUGCUGCCAUACAGCAGGCAAAGUCUGUCGUUGACGAGCAAGUAAAGAACCUUCCCAAGAACGAGCAGGCUCGGAAGUGGGGUGAAGGUGUACUAGAAUAUGCCAAGACAGCACAGUUGGAUAAACUCAGUAAGUUCAGAGUAACACACUCAAUCAAUAAAUAUGUAUCUCAUAAACGGUUCUUAGGCCAAGAUUUCAAGCGAGUCGGUCUCUCAACAUUGACCGACCUUCUGAAUGUUGUCGCACCACCUAUCUCGGAGCACGAAGUGAUCCAAGUCUGGUUGAGCCAUGAUAUGAGGGGUUAUGACGGCGUAGAGUCAUUGGUGUAUCGUGCUCUCGCUCGCAUUCUGGAGCAAGUGGAAGGCGGUGAUCUUGUUGUCAACCGCGGCGACGAGUCAAAACCCAAGGAAACCUCCUCGGAUAAGAGGGACCUUGGUGCUGUUGAUGGGUAUGAAGCCGCACUUAAGCUCGCUCAGGCGAACCUGGAUGAACUCAUUAAGCGUAAUAUUCAACCGCCACCUGCGACAUCCUCAGCUCAAAAUCCGACCACCUAUUCAUAUGUGUAUAUCCGCAUACAGCCCUUCAUAACUUCAGUCGCGCUUCCAGAAUCAUCAACUUCCCCCGAGGGCAGUGCCGCUUCACAUCCAUCUCUCCAGUUCAUUCUCUACCUCUCGGACCCGUCACACCAAUUGAUUCACUCCACGAUCACACAGUCUAUCCCUGGAAAGUGGCUGGACCUCUGGGAUCAAUAUGAUUGGGUCGAGGACCUAGUUGUGGAAGCCAUUAGACUAGGAGUCGAGGUCCUUGGCCAAGAAUAUGUCGUAUCGAGAAUGGGCUGGGACAAGAAGCAGGAACCUGAAGAGAAAGCUGAGGAACCCACUGUAUCUGUUACUGAAGCUGCUUGAAGCCUCAUGGACAUGGAUUUGUUUUGAUACCCAACUUUCUGUGUACUACUAUCACCUGUUGUUUGUGAAUCCUUCGAAGGGGGUGAAAGAACAGAUGUAUUAUGCAGAAUAUAAGCUCUACUUCUUCUGCUCCUCAGGUUUGGGUGGAGGGACUGGCUUGAAGUCGGCAGGUCUUCUCGGCUCCGUUCCUUCACCAACUUGCUCCCAAGGAGAAGCAGAAUCGAAGUUUCUGUGAACAUAACCAGUUAGAUGCGCGUUCAUACAUCAAGGUUCCAGUCUACUGACCGGA